AUGCUUUGCCCAAGAGCAAGAGAAUAUGACCAAUGUCUGUCUUCUUGUCCACAGGUUGCGCUGAGAAGGCAGCAAGCUCAGGAAGAGGAACUGGGAAUCAGCCACCCAGUGCCCUUGCCCAGUGCCCCCGAGGCAUUCAUCAAGAAGAACAGUGGUGGCAGCUCUUGUCUCUUGUUGGAAAGCAGCAGCCCUACACACUCAACGAGUACCUCUACGACAGCAGCUAGCAUACCGUCAGAGGGACGGAUGCUCAUUCAGGACAUCUCUUCCAUCCCCAGCAGGGGGCACUUGGAGAGCACGUCUGAUUUGGUCGUGGACUCCACCUACUACAGCAGUUUUUACCAGCCAUCUCUGUAUCCUUACUAUAACAACCUGUACAACUACUCCCAAUACCAAAUGGCCGUGGCCAGUGAGCCUUCUUCAAGUGAAAUGGGGGGUACGAUUGUAGGGUCAGCCGUGAAAAACAGCCUUCGAAGCCUCCCAGCAACAUACAUGCCAAGCCAGUCGGGAAAACAGUGGCAGGUGAAGGGCAUGGAGAGCCGCCACACCGUCAGCUCCCAGUACCACAUGUGCUCCUACUACCCAGCCGCCUCCUACCUGGGACAGGGGGUUGGCACUCCCACGUGCCUCCCCCAGGUCAUGACUUCUGAUGACAUCCCCUCCUACUCGGAGUCAAAAGCGAGAGUGUUUUCGCCACCCAGCAGCCAGGACUCCAGCCUGGGGUGCCUGUCCAGCAGCGAGAGCACCAAGGGAGACCUAGAGUGCGAGCCCCCCCCGGAGCCCGGCGCCUUCGCUGUGACCCCCGUCCUGGAGGGCGGCGAGUAG